UCGUAAUGCGCGCCUAUAUUUAGUAAAUUCCAAGCUGGUGUGUGUUGGAAAAAUAUUUUGUGAGCACACCAGUGACCGCGCAAAAUAGACUAACGAUCUCUCCCCCCCCCUCCCUGUAUAUCCAACAUGCUGGCUUCCCGUGUGUACGUCACCGUCGAGGCCCCUCUUUGUUUCCAUGGCGAGCGGGUCCGGCGCCGGGUGUCGCUCUUACCGAUUUUUUUUCGGGUUUAAUUUAUAAUAAUUAUUUUGUUUGCUUCGAGAUAUCGAGUAGAAAACAAAACGGAGUCGGAGGCGAUGAAGCGAAACCACCGCGUCUGUGUUCGCUGUAGCGAAACCCGCCCGCAAAAGCGAUUUUAGAGGGAGGGGGGGGGCCUAUCAGAGACUGUAAUAAUAAUAAUAAUAAUAAUAAUAAUAAUGAUGAUGUCACUCAGGCGGCUCGUUUGAAGAUAUUAACAGCACGCCUCCGGUUUGCACCCCGGUUUCAAAACACGUUUAAUUUAAUUCUGCACGAUUACCGACCGUGUACGAGUCUUCUCCGAUUCCCGCCGGAGCGGCACAGGAGCUCCGGGGCAACCCCCACUGCACACCGCCCGGGGGGGGGCACCGUUCCCGGAGACGCCUCUGCGGUGUCGGUUCGUUGUUCUGGAUUCGCCGAGUCUGUAUAUAUAAUAUAUAGACGUCUUUUUUUUUUUCCCUCGGUAAGAAAAUGCGCGCCAUGAAUCGAUCUUGAUGGCCGCCGAUCCAGGAAAGCUGCAGUCGGCAACGGGGCAGAGCAAGCGAGCCAAAGCAGGGCUGCAGAUGAAGAGUCCAGAGAAGAAGAAGAGGAAAUCCAGUGCGCAGAGCGCUGCUGCCUUCUCCCACAUCUCGGAGUUCGCUCCCCCCCCCACUCCCAUGGUGGAUCACCUGGUUGCCUCCAACCCCUUUGAGGAUGACUUCGGCCCCCCAGCCCGCGGGGGCGGGGUACCCCAGCCCGGCCCCCCAAACCAGGGGGGCCCCUUCAUGCACAGCCCUGGCUCUGGAGGGCCGGGGGGGUACGGAGGGGGCGUGGGGGGGAUGAGGAUGCCCUUCGGGGGGGGCCCGCAGCAGCAGAUGAGGAGACCCCCUUUCCCGCCGCAUCACCAGAUGGGACCGGGGGGGUUCAAUUUGGGGUUUGGGCAGCCUGGAGGGGGGGGAGGAGGAGGAGGAGGAGGAGGAGGAGGAGGGGGUGGCUUCCCCCCUGGGUUUAACAUGCCUCCCAAUUUUAGCCCCCCAGGCCCCAUGCACCCUGGCCAGAUGCACCCCAUGCUGUCUCCAGGACUGGGAGGAGGGGGGCACCCCAGGUUUGGGCCUCCCCAGCCAGGGGUGAUGGGACAAGGGGGGCACCCUUUCAACAGCCCCCCGGGAUCCAGACAGCCCCCGAACGCCAUGGGGAGCAUGGGCAGCUUGGUAGGCAUGGGGAAUAUGGGAGGAGGAGGGAACCACAAUAACAUGAACAGCAUGGGCAGCCUGCCGCACCCUUUCCCCAAUCCUGACGCCCCCUACCCUGGACCCGGCACCCCCGGGGGUGAAGGAAGAGGAGCUGGGGGAGAGGACCCCAAAAACUUCCACAACGCACCCCAGCAGCAGCAGUCCAGCCACCCAGCCCCUCCGCCACCCCCUCCCCCUCCUCCCGCCCAGUCUGCCAGCGCUCUAGGUGGAAGCUUUCCGAAUCACCCAGGACUUCACCCGGACCAGCCCCCUCCCAACGCCUCUCCCCCCGGCUCGGGACCCGUUCCCGGGCCUGUGAACGGGGGUCAGCCCCCCCAACAGCAACAACCGCCAGCACCGCAGCUACAGCAGCCCUCCACCCCUAGCGCCCAGCAGCCAAACACCCCAGGAGGAGGCGGGGCGUUCAGCCAGCACAACAGCGGCGGAAACGCCAGCGCAAACCCUGCGUCCUCUUCAGCUCCUCCUCCUCCUUCAACGACUUCCACCUCCUCCUCCUCCUCCUCUGCUGGGGCUGCGAGCCAGCAGGACCAGCCCCCCCAGCUCCCAGCUCACCCUCCCCAGGGGAGCCGCUCCAAGCCCGGAGCCCCCGCGGAGUGCCCCUGUGGGUUCUGCCUGUCGGAGGUUCACGAUGACCAGGACGCCAUCCUUUGCGAGGCUUCGUGCCAGAAGUGGUUUCACCGCGAGUGCACCGGCAUGACGGAGCCGGCUUACGGGCUGCUGACCAGGGAGAGCGCAGCCGUGUGGGCCUGCGACUUCUGCCUCAAGAGCAAGGAGAUCCAGUCCGUGUACGUGAGGGAGGCCGUGGGGCAGCUGGUGGCAGCGAACGAGGGCUGAGCCGCUGGGCUGGCUGAUCCGUCCCUGGUUUUACUACAAGCUUAAUAAGACACACCUGAGCUGUACCUAUCAAGCUCAUAUUAAAUAAAACUUGGGAUGGUAAUGAGACUUCCAUUGCAUAGCGGUUUGAUCCAUUUAAUCAGAUUGAGCUUGUUACCUAUACACUGGGGGCUGAGCAAGCUGGUAGUUAAUAAAACCUGGAAUGGAUGAAGCUGCAAUGCAAUAGGAGUCUCUUUUCCUUCCCUGUCUAACUGUUACCCUUACAGCUGCCCUUCAACCCACGGACUUGCUGAGGUGUGUUCCUGGCAAACAGUUUUAUUAAAAGAUUGUGACGGAAUAUCAAGCCACGACAAGCCUUUCCGUUUUUUUAGAAAAUUCACUUUUUUAAAAAUAAAAACAAGGAAGUGUU